CGGGAGGAUAGGAGCUUUUUCUGCCACUCUCUAGAGUAAGCGGGCUUCAUAGAGUUUAGUACUAUUGUACUCUCAGACUACUCAACGAAUGGCCUGGAAGCCGAUAUAUAGGAGAUUCUGGAAGCAUAUAUAUAGGACAUUCAUUCCUCUCAUGAAAAUGGUUGCUGGGAGGGGCCGGGCGGGGUAUGAGCCGGGAAACGGUUAAUGAUAAUGACAUUGAUUUUGCAAAGGACUGGUCUUGAGCACGUGUUAAUCGGGUUCGAAUUUUUCUCUGUCUCAGUGAUUAUACUGUUCUCUAUCUCCUAUCCGUGUGCGUAUGGUGAUGCACACAUGUAUAGGUGUGUAUGCACAUGUGAAGAAUCUUCUAAUGCUAAGUUUAACGACCCAAAUACUGUGCAACAAUACGACCGUCUUGAAACAAUUUCCGCUGAAAGUUGGUUGAUCUAUGAAACAGAGAGAAGCGAGGCGAUUGCAAAACAGGGUGAACAUGAUGUUCUUCUAUUAUUCGUGGGAUGUACAGUGACUGCUAUCGUCGUUCGUCGCUGUGGGAUGCUUGCUUUCUAGGUUUGCUUCCUGAACGCUAAUCUAUGUCUUUUAUGAGGAGUAUUGGCACUAGCAGAGCAAAACGAAGCGUCCGGUGCAAGGAGAUUCCCGGCGGCAACCGACCUCGAGCCAUUAUUUCCUCACACCGCACUUCUGAUCAUCGUCUUCCCGG